GUAAAUAUAAAAAUUCAGCUGUCUAGUUCUACCUUCUCGAAAGAACUCAUCGGCUUUUUCGCCACAGCUCUCAGUCGCCGUUUCCCGUCAUCAGCCAGCUUCGCUCGUCCGUCGGCAGUUUCUCUGGUUCUGCUCGCCUCUCGUCUUUAUUCGAAAAUGGCGACCAUAGGCGAAAGUCCCUCUGCUAAGCGGUGGCUUCCUCUAGAAGCUAAUCCUGAUGUAAUGAACCAGUUCCUUUGGGGGCUAGGCCUUCCCGAGAAUGAGGCGGAGUGUGUUGAUGUUUAUGGCUUGGACGAGGAACUCUUGGCUAUGGUUCCACAGCCUGUGCUUGCAGUUAUCUUCCUCUAUCCGCUAACUGCACAGAAUGAACAGGAGAGACUGCAGCAGGAAGGCGUUGUGAAGGAACCUAAUGGAAACGUUUAUUUCAUGAAACAAACUGUUGGCAAUGCCUGUGGAACAAUUGGCCUUCUUCAUGCCGUUGGGAACAUCAAGUCAAAGCUCCAUUUGUCUGAGGGAUCAUUCUUGGACCGAUUCUUCAAAUCAACAGCCAACAUGGACCCAUUAGAGCGUGCAAAAUUCCUGGAGAACGAUCGAGAAAUGGAAACUGCCCAUUCUGUAGCUGCUACAGGUGGUGAAACCGAGGCAUCAGACAAUGUGGACACUCAUUUUAUCUGCUUUGCCUGUGUGGAUGGGGAACUCUAUGAGCUUGACGGCAGAAAAGCAGGACCUGUAUUACAUGGCUCAUCUUCACCGGAAAGCUUGUUGCAGGAUGCAGCUAAAGUCAUUAAGGGCAUGAUCCAGAAGAACCCCGACUCCCUCAACUUCAACGUAAUUGCUGUUUCGAAGAAAGAUGCUGCUGCUUGAUUGCGGCUAUGUGUAUCCUUGGGGGUUGACAAAGAAGAAUGUGAUCCGCACGCAUUGUCCACUGUCUUUUCCCUGUUGAAUCCAAGCUUGAGAUUUGCUCUUCGUUUGUUCUGGUUAUACGAAAGAGCAACGGGCUAGGUAGGUUACACAGUUUGAUACCCCGCUACUCUGUGAGGCAGAUUUGUUUCUUUGGUCCUAUAAUUCAUGGUGCUUGCACUGUAAGAUCAUCAAUUACCUGCCGGUUUUCGAGGUCCUGGAAACGUAUGCCUUAACCCAGAAGGAAGGACCCUUCUGCGUUGCAUACCCUCGACGACGCGUCAUGGAGCCUUGGACGCACCCCAUUGAUCAGAAUCUUCUCAAACUUGCAUUGAUAUUAACUGAUUGUAUUAAGUUGGUUAUACAAUAUACAGAUGGAUCCUUUGAUUCCCCAUUUCGUAUAGAAGGAGAUCAAGGAAAUGGAUGGAAAUCUCACUAACAUUAUAAAUGGAGGAUAUGAACAGUAUAGUAUCCUCAGUUACACGAGUUUGUCAAGAUGCAUGGACGAAGAUGGAAGAAGAUCAACAGCUAGUGUUAGUAUUGAUUGAUUAGCUCGACUUCGAAGGAGAAGUAGCGGUGCCUGCAGAUUCGUAGUCGAUAACAGUCUGAAAAGCACCCACCAGCGCCUUCACCUUGUUCUUCCUCUUCUCCAUCAGCUUGUUCUUCGUCUCCUCGAUCACCUCAUUGUAAGCCGCAGCCGGGGAAUCAUUCUUCCCCUCCAUAGCCUUCCCGCUUUCUCCUUCUCCCUUCUUCUCGUCAUCAUCAUUCGCCGCCAUCACCGCCUUUGUCUCCUCCUGAUCAACUGCUUCUUCUUCUUCAGGUGCCUCCUGUUGCUUCUCCCUCUCCUUCUCAUAUUCCCCAUUGACACCACAUGGUUCUUGAUCAUCGGCGGCAGCAGCAGCCAGCUUUAGUUCUUCUUUGGGCAACGUCUCAUGGUCAUCUCCAUUGUCAUCCACUUUAUCAUGAUGGUGAUCUUCAUGACCAUUCUGAGAAGAAGCAGUAGUAGUAGUAGUCAUGGUGAUCUCCCUCUCACCUUUCUCGUCCUCUGCAACAUGGCGAUCACCGAGCUCUUCUACCUUCUCAUCCGCUGGAGUAUCACCGGAAGAGAAGACCUUCUCACCGUCAUCUUUUCCCUCCUGACCAUUGACAUUGUCGAUGACAACAUCGUAUUCCUUGGAGGGGACUUCAUGAACGUGAUCAUCAUCGACGCUGGUAAUGAUUUUUUCAAGCGACGAUGGAAGUGGUGAUGGUGAUUUGGGAAUGUGGGGGCUCGCCGGAGACUCGAUCUCCAAAUUGUCAGGAUUGACGCCCUGCUCGUCUUCGCUCGCCUGAUGUAUCUCGUUACCCAAACUCUCUUUUACAUCCUCUUUAUUAGUAUUGUUCCGCUUACCGGCGCCUGAUGAUUUCCCCCGCGCCGCCGUCGUCGCCUUGCCGCCGCGGCCAGCGGUGGUUGCUCUGUUUUUACCCCUAAGGUUCCCUGCGCCGGUACUUUUGCCAACACCGCCGCCGCCGCCGCGACUAGUCGCGGCGGCGGUGGUGGUGGUGUUGGGAUUAAGUACUGCUCUGCCCCUGGCAGGGCUGCCGCUUCUUUGCUUGGCGGUCGCCGCCACGACGGCGGCGAUGGUUUUGCUCGCAUUGGGGCGGAGAGUGGUGGCGCUUCUCUGGAAAUUGGCCCUGGAGGAGGCUCCGGCGGUUUUGGGGCUAAAAGAGGUAGUCCUGACCGGGGCGGGUGAGCGGGCGGCGGGAUCGGGAGAAGUGACGGACCUCUGCAGACGGGAAUUGACGGCGGAAGGAGCGGGCUUGUCGAACGAUCUCCUUCGCAGGGUCGCUGCCGCGGCGGCCUUCUGGUCGGUUGGCUUGGUUGUGCUGGUUUUGGCGCCGGAUGUGGCUUUGGAUUGGGAGUCGGGCUUGGAGCUCGCCGUGGGCCUCAGGUAGCUUGGGCCGGAUCGCGGGGAGGAGUUUGUUGUCGUCGCCGUCGGCGAUGAGGACGAUGGGGAGUGGCGAUUCGCAGCGGCGGUGCUACUCUGUUGGCGGUGGAAGUUCCGAUUUGUGGUAGUGGUGGUGGUUGUUGUGGUUGUUAUAACCUUCUUGUUGCCGCCAUCCUUCUUCGGAGUGGUCUCCUUGGGCUUCGUCGCCAUCAAUUACCCAAUGUAAGUGCCCGGAGAAGGAGAGAAAGACGGAAGAAUCCUGCAAUCGGACCAAAACGGAAACAGGGGACGGAGAAGAAUUAGGAUCAAAUUACAAAGGCAUAAACUAAACUUCUUUUCCUUCCUUCGUGGAUUCAUACAUUCCCAUUUUGAACGCAUGAUAGCAGUAAUUGAAGAAAGGAAGAAUGUGAUAUUUGGGUUCCUCUUAAUGUUGCAAGAACAAGCUGCAAAUUCAUGAUCGUUAAUGGCGGUUUCCUCCAUGAAACAGAGGAACCCAAUGAAAGAAAUGUAAGGGAAGUUAAGAUAAGAAAAGGCGGUACCUUUGGAGAAGAUGGAUCGGCGAAUGUAGAGAGGGGAAUCGAAAAGUGGUUAAAACAGGCGGUAAAUGUAGAGAAUUUGGCAAUGGAGGGUAAUAAUGGAGGACAGCAGAAACGUCACAACCGAAUGAAGAAGCUAUGGCGAUGGAUGGAGACUAGACCAGGACCAAAGACAAAAAACAGUUAUGUAGUUUUUGUAGUUUCUACUUUCGAGAGAGAAGGAUCAAAGAUGUCUCUCUCUCUCUCUCUCUCU